UUUCUUCUGUAGUUUUUGUGGAAGAGGAAGCUUUCUCAUCAUGGCUAGAACGAAGCAGACCGCUCGUAAAUCCACCGGAGGCAAAGCUCCCAGGAAGCAGCUGGCCACCAAGGCCGCCAGGAAGAGCGCCCCGGCCACCGGUGGCGUCAAGAAGCCUCACCGCUACCGGCCCGGCACCGUGGCUCUGAGGGAGAUCCGCCGCUACCAGAAGUCCACCGAGCUGCUCAUCCGCAAGCUGCCCUUCCAGCGCCUGGUAAGAGAGAUCGCCCAGGACUUCAAGACCGAUCUGCGCUUCCAGAGCUCGGCCGUCAUGGCUCUGCAGGAGGCCAGCGAGGCUUACCUGGUCGGCCUCUUCGAGGACACCAACCUGUGCGCCAUCCACGCCAAGAGGAGGAAAAUGUCUGGCCGAGGAAAAGGAGGUAAGGGGCUCGGGAAAGGAGGCGCCAAGCGUCACCGCAAAGUUCUUCGUGAUAACAUUCAGGGCAUCACCAAGCCCGCUAUCCGCCGCCUGGCUCGCCGCGGUGGAGUCAAGCGUAUAUCCGGUCUCAUCUACGAGGAGACUCGCGGGGUGCUCAAGGUUUUCCUGGAGAACGUCAUCCGCGACGCCGUCACCUACACUGAGCACGCCAAGAGGAAGACCGUCACUGCUAUGGACGUGGUGUACGCGCUCAAGAGGCAGGGCCGCACUCUCUACGGCUUCGGAGGCUGAACUGGACCGACACCGCUCAACAACAUAAAGGCUCUUUUAAGAGCCGCCCACUCCCGUUUUCAGAGCUGCUCUCCUUUGUUUUUGUCACACACAACUUCAGUCAUUUUACAGAAAUUAUGCACAACUUAAACCAUAAAAGUAAAUAGGCUGUAUGCAGUAUUUUGUUCUGCGUGCUACUUCACAUGUUAAUGUUGAUUUGUCUUUAAAAUAGGUUUUAUUUCACUGAUAAUUUAAGCAUACAAGACACAGUAUUUAAUUGUUGCAGAUCAGUUGUUUUUCUCUGAAAUUGGUGUGAAAUUAAACAAAGUUUAUGACUAUAAUGCAAAUUGUGCUAUUGUCAUUUCUUUGUAGUUGCACUGUACUUUGUAUCAUGUUCUUUGUACUUAAAUAAGAAGCUCGGUAAACCGCUGAAACGAACAUGGAUUACAGAGUUGUACCGAAGCAUGCGUCAGCUAUAUGCUUGGACUCUACAGCUCAAAUGGGCAUUUUCAAGAAAUAGACGGAGCCGCUACAUAAUUCAAGUAAAAGAGAAAUAAUUAUU